GGGUUCUCAGUGCUUUGGGUGACUCUAGAGCCUGGUCUGUCUCCUUUGGGGGAAGAGGAGAGGGUCCCACGGUGGUGUUUUGAGGCGCGAUGACAACAAGGAAGUGUCACAUGCUGGUGUGACCGACCUCCCCGGCUCCAUCCACAGCCUGUCUGCAGCCUGGAGGGGUGGGGGCCGUGAUGGGAGGACUUGGCCGCCCUUCCAGGAAGAGUGGCUCAGGCCCAAGGGGGACAUCCUGGGAUGGGAGGUCCUGUUCGGAGACCUGUGUUCCUGCCCAGAGUGGGCUCUGGCUUCCUAGGGUCGUUCCGUAAAGUGCGUCUAGUCUGGUGCUUCCAUCCUGAGGCAGCUACUGGGGGAGAUAGUGUUGUCAGUUGGGGUGGAUCGAGCCCCAAAUAGGCAUCCCAAGAGCUUUGGUUCAAGGGUAAAAAUUUAGGAGGAAAAGAAAAAGAAGAAGAAAAGGAGUUGAGAGGUGGAGAGGCCCCUCUUAGCUCAGGUGUGGGGCUCCUGGACCACAGGCAGACUUUGCUAAGUUUGCUGGAUCGUUGAUGGGGACACCUGUGAAGUCUGCCUUGUCGCAAGUGUAAUCUGUGCCUAAAGGGUCUUCCGUUUGGGUCAAAUGAGGAUUUUGGAUACCUCCAAGCAAAGCUUCCCCACGGUCCGCCCAGUGGGUUCAUGCAGAGCCUGGGCAUGGGGCCGUAAGGCAAGCUUGUGCUCUAAAGCAUCCCGAAGAACCAGCCUGAGGUUCUGGCCCGGGCCACCUGCACCUGCACCGGGGGAUGUCCGGAAUCUCUGCUCAUGGCGAACUCCUGGGGACCCUCCUAGGCUCUGGGCUCUGGGCCUUCCGGACCUCCCGGACCGUGUCAGUGAGAAUCGCAGCCUGGCACAGACCGUUUAGACCCAGGCCUCAUCACGGAGCAGGAAAGGGGCAUUUGGAAAGUCCUGGGUGCCUUGGGAACCUGGGGGCCUUCGGUAAAAACUCAAGGUGGUCUUGAGCGUCGAGCAUGUCCGUAAAUCGUGGACUGGUGGGUGCCCCUCAUAGACCAGAUGGCAAGACCUAUGGUUUUCCUAAAGCAGAGACGGGGGAGGCUGCCCCGAGCCCCGGGCUUCCUGGUGGUGACUCUCCUUUGCUUCCUGUCCAUUUCCAGAUCGCAGCCAAAAUCGGGGGCGAUGCUGCCACCACCGUGAACAACAGCACUCCCGAUUUUGGGUUUGGGGGCCAAAAGAGACAGUUGGAAGACGGAGAUCAGCCAGAGAGCAAGAAGCUGGCUUCCCAAGGAGACUCAAUCAGUUCUCAACUUGGGCCCAUCCAUCCCCCCCCAAGGACUUCGAUGACAGAGGAGUACAGGGUUCCUGACGGCAUGGUGGGCCUGAUCAUCGGCCGGGGAGGCGAGCAGAUUAACAAGAUCCAGCAGGAUUCAGGCUGCAAAGUACAGAUCUCUCCAGACAGCGGUGGCCUCCCCGAGCGCAGCGUGUCCUUGACAGGAGCCCCAGAAUCUGUCCAGAAGGCGAAGAUGAUGCUGGAUGACAUUGUGUCUCGGGGCCGCGGGGGCCCCCCAGGACAGUUUCACGACAAUGCCAAUGGAGGCCAGAACGGCACUGUGCAAGAGAUCAUGAUCCCUGCAGGCAAGGCCGGCCUUGUCAUCGGCAAAGGCGGGGAGACCAUCAAGCAGCUGCAGGAGCGAGCCGGAGUGAAGAUGAUCUUAAUUCAGGACGGUUCCCAAAACACAAAUGUGGACAAGCCCCUCCGGAUCAUUGGGGACCCUUACAAAGUGCAGCAAGCCUGUGAGAUGGUGAUGGACAUCCUUCGGGAGCGCGACCAAGGCGGCUUUGGGGACCGGAACGAGUACGGCUCUCGGAUCGGCGGGGGCAUCGACGUGCCAGUGCCCAGGCAUUCUGUGGGCGUGGUCAUCGGCCGGAGCGGAGAGAUGAUCAAGAAGAUCCAGAACGACGCCGGUGUGCGGAUACAGUUCAAGCAAGAUGACGGGACGGGUCCCGAGAAGAUAGCGCACAUAAUGGGGCCCCCGGACAGGUGCGAGCAUGCGGCCCGGAUCAUCAACGACCUCCUCCAGAGCCUUCGGAGUGGGCCCCCAGGCCCUCCAGGGGGCCCUGGAAUGCCCCCAGGGGGGCGGGGCCGAGGAAGAGGCCAAGGCAGCUGGGGGCCCCCUGGUGGGGAGAUGACCUUCUCUAUCCCCACGCACAAAUGUGGGCUGGUCAUCGGCCGAGGUGGCGAGAAUGUGAAAGCCAUAAACCAGCAGACAGGCGCCUUCGUAGAGAUCUCCCGGCAGCUGCCACCCAACGGGGACCCCAACUUCAAACUGUUUAUCAUCCGGGGCUCCCCCCAGCAGAUUGACCAUGCCAAGCAGCUCAUUGAGGAGAAGAUCGAGGGUCCUCUCUGCCCCGUCGGACCAGGCCCCGGGGGACCAGGCCCUGCCGGCCCAAUGGGGCCCUUCAACCCCGGCCCCUUCAACCAGGGGCCCCCAGGGGCUCCCCCUCACGCAAGUGGCCACCGGAGGGGGUCCGGGAGCGCCCCCAGGCUCCCAGCCGGACUACAGCGCUGCCUGGGCGGAGUAUUACCGACAGCAGGCCGCAUACUACGGACAGACCCCCGGCCCCGGGGGCCCGCAGCCGCCUCCCACACAGCAGGGACAGCAGCAGGCUCAAUGAAUCGAAUGAAUGUGAACUUCUUCAUCUGUGAAAAUCUUUUAUUUUUUUUUUCCAUUUUGUUCUGUUUCGGGGCUCUUUUUUGUUUGUUUGUGUUUUUAUUUUUGUUUUGUUUUUAUUUUUCCCGUUUGUUUGGCGAGAGAGCGACGGCUGCCGUGGGGGUGCGGGGAGCCCGGCGGGCGUGGCUCGGAGGUGGCGGCGCGGGCACACGGGCUCUCGCUCUCUCGGUCACUCUGUGUGUCUCACGUGCUUUUUUCUUUCAAAAUCGGGAUCCCUCGUGUUGAGCCAGCCAUAGAAGGUAGCGAGAGCUAAACCUCUGCCAAAAAAGGAAUUAAAAAUUAACAAAGAGCAAAACAAGUCCUAUAAAUUCUAUAUAUAUAUAAAUAUAUAAA